UCGCUCCGCACCUCGUCCUCUCGUCAUAUCUGAUGCGCGCCAUGGAGACUGCGGCGGUCGCCUUUGGCACGCGUGUCACGGUCGCGCCGUUCCUCUCCGAACACAAGUACUUUGACUCUGACUUUCUCUCCCCCGGCUCCUGCCCGCUGCCUCGCGAUGAGCAGCGUGCCGCCCUCGCCGGCGCUGGAUUCGACGUCGACGAGCAGUUCGACUGGUCGUACGUCGGCGGCUCCAACGACGCCGUCGGCCCGGGCGAGUGGGAGGCGUUCGUCGCCUGGCUGUGGGAGCAUCCCGAGGUGCAGCAGCUCUACGCGGCGCACGGAGAUGAGACGACGGUGGCCGUGGUGACGCACGGCAACUACUUGAGGCUCGGAGUGCUGCCUUGCGGCUACAGCCACCCGAAAAACACGCAGGCCUACGCAGUCAGGCUGCAGAAGCCAGCCGCCUCGACGCUUGCCGAGGGGGAGGCGGAUGUGAGGGAGGUGACAGUCCUGUACGAGCCCCGACCAGGGUAGCGCAGCUCGCGGUGGCUCUCUGGCUUUUUCAUAUACUCUCAUUGUCUGUGGCUUAUAUAUC